AUGGCGGACGGCCCCAAGGACAUCGGUAAUAGGCGGAAGCCAACGGAGGGACUCACCGAAGACCUCCUCAUCGAGAUCCUGUCGCGUGUGCCGUACAGAUCGCUGUGCCGCUUCAAGCGCGUCUCCAAGCAGUGGCGCGGCAUCAUAUCCCACCCCGACAACCGCAAGGUGCUGCCGCAGUACCAUCUCCAAGAACUCACCGGCUUCCUCUACAAGCGCCAGCACCCCAUCACGGGCUGUUUCUUAGGUCGCAACUUCGCCCAUGUCUCGGCGGGAGACAGCCCUCGUAUCCGCCCUUCCCUCCCCUUCCUGCCUGACUGUCAUCAGUUCCACCUUCUGGACAGCUGCAACGGCCUGCUCCUCUGCCGCCGCUUCGAGACCCCUGAGUCGUGGGAAUUUGAUUACGUCAUGUGCAAUCCUGCCACGGAGAAGUGGGUCGUCUUGCCCGGCUUCUUCGGCAAUUGGCAGACAGCUCGCCUGGGUUUCGACCCGGCCGUCUCCUCGCACUUCCAUGUGUUUCACUUCCUGGAACACGAAAUAGAUGGGUAUCCUGACGAUGAUGAUUACGAAAGUGAUGGACACGUCAAAGGGGUUGAGAUCUACUCGUCGGAAACCAGGGCCUGGAGUCACAAGGACAACGCUUGGGGCUUCCCAACUAGAAUAGCGCGUGAUUCUAAAAGUGCCUUUGUCAAUGGUUUUCUGCAUUUGAUCACCGCCGAGGAUGCGGUGGUGGCAGUGGAUGUGGAGGGAACUACUUGGAGGGUUAUUCCUAUGCCAUGCAAUCUGUUUGGCUCUACAAUAGAUCUUGCUGUCGGGUAG